UCUAAUUCUUUCUCUCUGAACUCCGAAGUUCCGAGGAAAUUACAUAGGAGAGAAGGAAAUGGCGAAAGGAGAGAGAAGGGUUUUGUUGCUGUGCGGGGACUACAUGGAGGAUUACGAGGCCAUGGUUCCUUUCCAAGCCUUGCAGGCUUAUGGAGUCGCCGUCGACGCCGUCUGCCCCGGCAAGAAAGCCGGCGACCUCUGUCGUACCGGCAUUUUAUACGGUGCUGGUCACCAGACUUACACUGAAUCAAGGGGUCACAAUUUCGCGCUUAAUGCAACCUUUGAUGACAUUGAAUUUAGCAAAUAUGAUGCGUUGGUCAUACCAGGAGGACGAGCUCCAGAAUAUCUCGCGAUGGAUCAGAAAGUUGUGAACUUGGUGACCAAAUUUUCCGACUCCAAAAAGCCAAUUGCAGCUAUUUGCCAUGGACAAUUGAUCUUGGCUGCUGCAGGCUUAGUUAAAGGUCGGAAGUGUACCGCAUACCGCUUAGUCGGGCCAGUACUUGUUUCCGCAGGUGCUCAUUGGGUUGAACCUGAGACCCUUGCAUCUUGUGUUGUUGAUGGUGAUCUAAUCACUGGGACCACAUUUAAGGGGCAUCCUGAGUACAUUAGACAUCUUCUAAAGGCACUCGGAGGGAAAGUAACCGGUUCGGAUAAAAGGAUUUUAUUUCUCUGUGGGGAUUUCAUGGAGGAUUACGAGAUUACCGUUCCUCUACAAGCUCUUCAAGCUCUAGGAUGCCAUGUUGACGCAGUUUGCCCCAAAAAGAAGGCCGGUGACAUCUGCGUAACUGCCGUGCAACAAUUUGAGGGCGACCAAACUUACACCGAGAAGCGAGGCCAUGAUUUCACCUUAACAGCUGAUUAUGAAGGUUUAGAGGUAUCAAGUUAUGAUGCUCUUGUCAUCCCUGGAGGUCGAUCUCCAGAGUAUUUGGCAGUAGACAAGACAGUCAUUGCCAUUACAAAGCACUUCAUGGAAGCCAAGAAGCCGGUUGCAGCCAUAUGUCACGGCCCGCAGAUUUUAGCCGCUGCGGGGGUCCUGCAGGGGAAAAAAUGUACAGCCUACCCAGCCGUGAAGCUUAAUGUGGUUUUGGCAGGAGGAAUAUGGUUGGAACCGGACCCAUUCCAUCGUUGCUUCACUCAUGAAAAUUUGGUGACUGGAGCAGCUUGGCAAGGGCACCCUGAGUUUAUUGCUCAGUUGAUGGCAUUGCUUGGCAUUCAAGUGUCGUUUUAAUUUAUGUUAAUCCGGCCUUAUGCAUGGUUAUCCAUAUCCAUAGUCCAUAAAUCCAUAACGAAUAACAAAAGUGAGCUUGAGAUUAGUGUGUAUGAAUAAACGAAAAAUGUUAAAACGUGGGCCUAUUAGUGGCCCCAUCAGUUUGUGUGUUAGUGAGUGUGACCAAUAUCUCUAAUAAAUGAUACUCUUCACUCUCUAGCCUUUCUCAGUUU